UGCAAAGAUGACUACGCAAGGCAACAGCAAGGGGCUCGACGAGUUCGGCCAUGAGGUGCUCUGGAGCUCUCGCGGACAGCAGGUCAUGAUGCAGUGGGAGAAGCAGUACAUGGAGAGAUGCGUGGAUGCCCUCGCCAUUCAACCGACGGAUCGUGUACUGGAAAUCGGCUUCGGGUUGGCCUAUUCGGCGACGCACAUCCAAAGGUUCCGCCCCAGGAGCCACACCAUCAUCGAAUGCGAUCAGGAGACGCUGCAACGUGCUCGCCGUUUUGCAACAAGUCACAGUGGAGUUAAGAUCGCGGCCGGAACGUGGCAGCAGGUGCUGCCGACACUGAAUCAGUUCGACUGCGUCUUCUUCGAUGACUACCCGCUUCCAGAGCUGGAAGUAGGGGGCGCUGAUGGAGCAGCCAGUCGACAGCGUUCGCGGUGGCACGAUUUCUUGGAUGUUGCUCUGAAGCAUUGUACGACUGGAGCCAGGAUCUCAGGGUAUCUAGCACGAAAGCUGGAUUUGCAACGCCCCGGGUGUCAAGUUACAAUAUCAAUAGUGCAAGUUGAUGUCCCAGAACAUUGCAACUACUUUCCACACAAAACUGCGUUGGUGCCGGUGAUCACUGUUGUGGAUCCGAUUGCUGCUGCGAGUUUGACCAGUACUGGAAUAGAUACGGUGUUGCCAUUGCCGCACUCGUCUAAGAAGUUCCAGCAUGCAUUUGAGUGUGCCAGUAGCUUCGAGCGAGGACUGCACACAGCAGCAUUUAAACGAGAGCGAAAACAGAUGACUGAGAUUCGGAAUUUCUUGCUGGCUCAUGAACUAGACGCGCUUCCGCACGGGCAGCUAGAACAUAUUGAUGACAGCGGUGAUGGCAUGGAAGACGACCACCCUUCAGACGAAAAUAUUCUAUCUGGAGAACACCGAGAAGAAGAAGAAAGAUCAAUUCACUACAGUGACGAGAAGUCACGACAGAAAUUUUUGCGCUCUCUGAGGAGCAAGGCUGCCGCGUCAAAAUUAACAUAACGAUCUACCGGAGGCAGGUUCAACAAUAUGCUCAACUUGAUACUGACGCACAAAUGUGGUGCAGUGCUUAGCAAGCACAAACUUCUUCUCGUUCGAACAAAGGCUAUAAAUCUCUGGCUACCAAGUUAACCUCAUUUUUUGCCCAAUCUCCUGAAAUUCCUACGGGCAUAUACAUAUAUAUUAUAAUAAUUUAGUGCGUUGGGUAGAGAGAAAGACAAGUAUGGGAUCACAUCAUGCAGUGGUAACUUAAGACGAGAAGAUGACCUA